GUCUUGAAUGAAGUGGUAGUGGACCGAGGCCCUUCCUCUUACCUUUCCAACGUGGAUGUCUUUCUUGAUGGCCACCUUAUUACCACUGUGCAAGGCGAUGGCGUCAUCGUUUCCACGCCGACCGGCAGUACGGCAUACGCGGCUGCCGCGGGCGCCUCAAUGAUCCAUCCGAACGUCCCCGCCAUCAUGAUCACCCCGAUCUGUCCUCAUUCCCUCUCCUUCCGGCCCAUUGUCGUCCCAGCUGGAGUGGACCUGAAGAUCAUGCUGUCUCCAGACGCCAGGAACACCGCGUGGGUUUCGUUUGACGGGCGGAAGAGGCAGGAGAUCUGCCACGGGGACAGCAUCUGUAUCACCACCUCUUGCUACCCUCUCCCUUCCAUCUGCUUCCAAGAUCCCGUCAGCGAUUGGUUCGAAAGCCUGGCUGAGUGUUUACACUGGAACGUCAGAAAGAGGCAAAACCACUUCGCCGUUGACGAGGAGGAAGAAUUUUGAAUUGUUGGG